AUGACGGAUCGCCAAAACUUUUCCGCGUCGCAUCUCGUGGCGCCAGCUUCGCGACAAGAGCUACCUCAGGCAAAACAAACCGAUAUUGCGAGCCGUGCCCACCUGCUCGAGCUUCCAGCGGAGAUAAUCCUUCAAAUCGUCGACGCUAUAUUCAACAGCGAUCUCAAGUCGCUAAGGAAGGGCUACGACGAACCCGAGGAGUGUGAAAAUGGCUGGUACCCGGAUUUCAACCGUUUUUCGAUCUGGAGAACGGCCAUCAGACUCGCCAAAACUUGCAAGGCCCUUAACUCUAUCGUGACGCCUGCCAUCUACCAGGCCGACAUCAAAUGGAACCGUGGCUCGAGUCUCCUCUUAGGAGCCAAGACUGGCAGCGCUUCGACCAUUCAAAAGGCUCUCGAAGCUGGUGCUGAGAUAGACAUGUGGGACUUCACGGAGCUUUACGACGACUUUUUUGAACUUCAACAAUCAAUGUCCAACCGGGACGUCACAAGAAACCCGACUGAAAUUGACAUGACGGCCCUACACUGGGCCGCAUAUCACCGGAAUGUCGAUGCAAUCACUGUUCUGCUCGAACACGGCGCGAACGUCAGGACAACAGGCGCUCUUGGCCCUCAUUCUCAGGACAUAUUACGAUUUGCAUGCGCAGCUUGGUUUCGAGUGGUAUCAUACUUCAAGAAGUACUUUCCAAUCCUUCAGAAGGGCGGGUAUCGAACUUGGCUAGACUACAUUCUGCAAGGACUCGCAGAGGGCAAGGGUCCAAAUGUGCUGUACUACGCAUUAACACAGAAAUAUGAGACAGAAUGUUGGUACGGAUUGGUCGCCUACACCAAAGAUCAACAAGACCGACGACAGAAAAACAAACUGGGGGCGGUUAAGACACUACUGCAGGCGGGAGCUUCGAUGACGACGCACUCUACCACUCUUCUCCAUGCGCUGCACCAGGCAUGUGGCAAUUGGGACGAGGAAAUAGUGGCGUUCUUGCUGGAGCAAGGGGCGGACGUCAAUGUCAGGGACAGACUCGGAAACACACCGCUUCACUUCGUGUCCAUGUGCAAGCAUCACGAGGAACCGCCUCGAGAGGUCGUUCGCGUACUGUUGCGUUACGGUGCCGAUAUCAACGCCACGAACAUUUUCACUCGGACACCGCUCCAAGUCUGUUUCGAAGAUGAAUCCAGGCCAAACUUUGCAACAGCCGUCGCGCUUCUGGAAUCGGGGGCUCGACUAUUUCCUGGAAUCAAGACGCGGAUGAAGCGGGGCUCGCACGACGGUUUCAACAACAGCAUACAACGAUACUCUGACCGUGUCAAUGCUCUCCUUUUGGAGAAGGAAGAAACCGCCGUGGACGAAAAGCAGUACUUUCUGGAUGUUCCGACUCGUCAUGCGUUAGAGAAGAAGGCGAUGUAUCUUGUUACGUAUGAGAUGCUCCGUGACUACUCGUUCAAUAAGACGCGUUACCCUGAGACUUCGAAAAGCUUACAAAAUUGGUCGAUCGAGGAUUGGGAGGCUUACUGGAGCGACAAAAGACGAUUUACGGACCAUAAAGGAGUAUUCCUGGGGUUCCACUGA